CCAUUGCGAUUUAUCGUGCAAACCGCCUGCCAGCGGGCCUGUCACUCAUUUUUUGGUAUUGCUUGUCAAGCUCUCAGUCACUCCUUUUUGCGUGCUGCUUCUGCGAAUCAGCAGCAACAGUCGUUCCUUGUCUUUGCCCGCCUGGUUGGCACUGCAUUCUUAACCCGCUUUUUUGGUUUCUUGCUGGACGAACGUCGAUCGACACCACCUCUCGUUUACGGGUUUCUGUUCGGUACAGAACGAAACAAAACAAAACAUCACUUUCACACCACAUAUUCAUGGCGAUCAGUACAUCAUUUCGACUUUGAUCCGCAACGUCAUUCGUAAUAUUUAUUUUUUCUUCCGCCGUCUUUUCCAACAAGUUCUUUUUCUUGAAUAGGAGCAAGUGAGAAGAUGAGCAUAGUACGAGCUCGAGGGAUGAACCCGGCCGCGGCCGGGGCGAUUACACGCGAUGCGGAGAGCUAUAGUAUGGGACCUCGAAUCAAUCUGCGUCGCAGCUUAGAGUCCAUUGGAUCUCUGCUUCGCAGAUCGGAUUGUGUUGCUACCGAAGCCGCCAACACCUGCGAGAAGCCUGUUGGGCCGUCGGACUCAACCCUCGCCAUUGUGCUGGGUAUUAUAAUUCCGGUCUGUGUGGCCGUUGUCGUCUUGUUCUUCCUGCACCGCAGGAAUAUGCGCCGAGACAAGUUGGAGGAGCUCAACGACCCGACCAAAGACCUUGAUUUCGGCAUGGGAAAUGGCCCUACUAAGAAGCGAAAGAGUCUGUUGGGACUAGGAGGAGAAAAACCUAUGCACAAGGGUGGACUUUCCAUGGACAUGAACCUCUCGUCGCCAUACCUGCUUCCUCCGGGCAACCAUGGAUCUCGCGAAUCUAUUCACUCGUAUGCUCGAACCCUCCAAACCGAAGAUGACCCCUAUAGAACCGUCAACCAAUAUGCAGCUAGUGAUGUUGGUUCUAUUCGAUCUUUCAACCCCAACGACAAUUCUGGUGCCCGCCCUCCCAAGUCUAGUGGUCUAUCGAAGCCUCCCAUGCAGACAAACCCGUCGACGCCACGAGCCCCCUCCCCGGAUGAGAAGGUCGACCCUUUUGCUACUCCUACCGCUCCCAAGCCUACGCACCAGCCUCCCAGUUCCGCCGAGGUCCAUGAUGUCAUGCUCCCUGUCCAGCCAAUUGUCCCGGAAAUCGAAACGGUCCCUCCUGUCGACGUCUUUAACGCGGAUGAAUUCGAAGUGCCUGAUAUCCCGGCCCCCGCUCCGGCUGCCUUGAAGAUUGGCCAAGACGGCUCUCGAAGCCCUGCUCAUUUUGAGCAGCCCAACUCGGCUCGUUCAUCUGCUUACACUGAUAAUGGCAUGGCUUCCCCGGCCCACCCCGCUGAUCGAAACGUUCCUCAGAUUCUCUCUCCCGGACUGCCCCCUCAUGAAGAUGCGCAGGAAGAAAGCCGUGGCCGACCUCUGUCAAGGCCGCCUCCCCCUCACCAAGCUGGUGGCCUCGGCGUUCCGCAAAACAAUAGCAAGCGACUCUCUGUUGGUUUCCGACCACUGCCUCCUAGUGAAGCGAUGGAGUCUGAUGAUCCCGAAAUCCGUGCCAACCGCAUUCGAUCUUUCUACAAGGAGUAUUUUGAUGAUUCUAAUGAAGUACCCCCUCCUCUGCCCACUCAACCGCAACAACACCAGCAGCAACAGCCCAACCAGCGCCAGCAAGGCGGCCCUGACUACUAUGAAGACUACGACCAGGGCUAUCUGGAGGCCGCUGCCUACUAUGAUGCCGACACCAACGCCUUUGUUAUGCCCUAUGCCCAGCCUGUUACCCGUCGUGCCAUGACACCACCCCCAAGCGGACGCCAAGGUGGACCGAUGGGCGGCCCUCGUGGUCCCGGCCCGCGUGGCCCAGGCUUCCGUGGACCUAAUGGCAAUGGAGGAACCUUCUCUCCUGGUCCCGGACGGCCUCGUGCUGGCUCGGCUUUUGGACGACCUCGUGCCGGUUCGGCCUUUGGACCUAGACCAGAUUCAUCCGCCUCUGGCGCAUGGGCCCGUCAACAGCAACCCAAGAAGAACCUCCCUCCUCCUGCACCAUUGAACACCCUCCCCACGCCCUCUAAACUUGGCGACGAUUCAUUCGCCAUUUUCAAUGCCGCUGAUUUUGCUCCACCGAGCAGCAUCCGUGAUAAUGUGGCUGGCCGAAGCCAAAGUCCAUUUGGCGAGAGAAAAGCUUUCCUCCAGCCACCAACUGCCGGUUCACAGCUGGCGGGUGCCUUUGACGAAUUAGCCGCUCUCCCAAGCCCGCACUUGCUCCGAAAAUCAGGCACCUUUACGGCUCUGGAUUUCGCCCCUCCCAAGAAGUUUAGAGAUCCUGAAAACGCCAGUGACGCAGGCAGCAUCAGGAGUAACAAGAGUGGCAUGUCCCAAGCGCACCUCCAGGCUAUCCGAAGCGGAGCAGGCCGAGUCAGCCGCCUCCCUGGCGACACGGUUUUCACGACAGCUGCCAUGGACGACCAGCUGAAGCCUUCAUGGACGCUGCGACCCUAGAAAGGGAGCAGAGUAGGCUAGCUGCCUCGGGUGGCAUUUCUUUAGUAUCAGCGUCGUCAUUUCUUGCUUACGGCAUUUGCAUGAUCUUGCCAACAGAUAGCGGCAUUCAAAGCGCUCUCCAUAGGGGGUUUGUUUAUUUUGUUCACUUCCACAGGAGUAAUUAGGGAUUACGACGGACUCUUUUCGAAUUUUGGGCUUUUUCGCGAUGUUUGCAUAUAGAUGGACUGGAACCUAACCCAACACAUGAAUUACAUCUCAGGUGACGACUUCGUGCCUCUUCUUUGGCAUCUGAAGGAAAAAUUGUACAUAGGCAAUAUAGGUCAAUCAGAUGCACUCACCCUUUUUUUCAUAUUUGUUUUUAUCUGUUGUUUUAUUACUGCAUGUUUUCUCCUAAUUCCUUUGUUGUGCUCUUGUCAGUGGUGCUCGUGCUGUAUUGAUAUCUUGAAUUGUGUAUUUUUAGGUAUUUGCUUUGUUAGAGGUAAUAUGUCCCUCGGUG